AUGGGGGAACUCCCAUUUCUUGCUACCUCUGUUCGUUCAGGUGAUUACAAGUACACCAAGGAUAAUGUGGAGGAUAUGAGCAUCGUCAAAAGGUUUCUUGAAGAGGUGGGGUUGGAGGAGGGACAGAGGGAGGAAAUAGUGGCCAUUAUUACAGGGAUGGGAUUCAAAAAUGAGGUUUCAAAGAAGCUUAAUGCGGAGCCCACUCUUGAGUUUGCAAUCGUGCAAGAUGCAGAUCGUCUGGAUGCAAUUGGUGCAAUUGGUGUCGCAAGAUGUUUUACAUAUGGAGGGAGCAAGAACAGUGCAUUGCAUGAUCCUAAUGUACUUCCGCGGGAUAAUUUGUCAAAGGAGAAGUACAUGUCCAAGGAGGAGAAACAAACAUCAAUAAAUCAUUUCCAUGAGAAGCUUUUUAAGUUGAAGGACAUGAUGAAAACAGAGGCUGGGAAAAAGAGAGCUGAGAAAAGGCACAAAUUCAUGGAGAAUUUUGUGGCUGAAUUCUAUGAAGAGUGGAGUGGCAAGGCUUGA